AUGAACAAGUUCUUCAAUACUUUAAAUUCGUCCCUUUUUCAAAAUUUCAAGCUGAAAAGCUCAUUUUUGAGUACAGGAUGUUUUGUAGGAAACAGAAAUUUUUUAACAAGGGGUGGAAGUACCUCCUUUUGUAGUGACCUAAACAGAAUUAAUAACUUUUUUAGGUACUAUCAUACCUCACCUUUUAUAAGUAAAACAAUUAACCAUUCAAAUUGCAGCGCUCUUCUUCAAAAAGAAGACAACAGUUGUAUUAACCACAAAUCAGGCGUUAGACAUGACAGCGGGAUAGCAAGUUUAUCAGCAGCAAUUGCGCUAAUGUCAGUAGGAGGGGUUGCUCAAGGUAUAGGAAAUUUAUUUUCUGCUUUGGUGCUAGGUACUAGUAGGAACCCAUCAAUAAAGGACGAACUAUUUACUUACACCUUAAUUGGAAUGGGAUUUUUAGAGUUUUUGGGUAUUAUUUGUGUCCUAAUGAGCGCUGUUUUAUUAUAUUCAUAA